AUUUGACCCCUGUGAUUAUGCAAAUCUGAUUUAUAUCCUAGUUGAAUUUUUGCAUGUAUUUGUGUGCUCCCUCCACCCUGUGCCACCAAGUCUGCAGGUCAUGAAUCCAGAUGGAGCACACAAAUGUAGCAGCCUAUGAAAACCAGAGUCUUUGACAAGUCCCUCCCAUUGCAGGCUCAUUUCUGCCUCCUGUGCUAUCUAGCUGUAUCUUUAAUUACAUCCAGGACUAUUUUUAAAUGCAUGUCCUCCCUCCAACAUGCUGCGCUCUUGUCACCUGUCUACCUGUCUUCUUGUCUGCUUUAAUCCCCAUCACAAGAUCUCUCUUGUUCUCCACCAAGGCAGCUUACUUAGUGUAGCCGUCUCUGCUUAGAAAUAUCCUCCUCCUCAUCCCUUUGUUUGGAUAUUUUCUGCCUGUCAACCUUAUUUGAAGUAUACAUGUGUUCAUCUCCAUUUUCUCCCUUUUACCUUUAACCAGUUAUGUCAUUCUUUUGCAGCAGAACAGCACAGCUCAGAUUUGUCAGCUACCAGAAAUUAGCUUUUCAUGUUAGCAGUUUGCAAGCACAAUAUUUGCACACAUGUCAUGAAUGAUUUGGUGGUUGCUUUGCAAAUUAGCAGAUGCACACACAGCAAGUGGCAAGCAAAUGACAGGAUUUGCAGGAAGUGAGGAUGAUGAGGCAAAGGUUAGAGGAAUAAUCUAAAAAAAUGUAAAUCACAGCUCAUCUUAUGCAGCUUCUUCUCUGACCUUUAAUUUUUCUGCACCUUCAUAAAACAAAUAAAUGUAACCCCUGCUAUUCUCCCCUCUACCUUCCUUUUCUCCUCUCCCUGUGACGCUCCCUCCCCUCCUCUAAGCAUCUUCCAAUGACUCACACGCUCCCCCUCCCCCUCCUGCGAGUCAUAUGGUUUCACCCCUUCUCCUCCCACCUCCUCCAUCUCUCCUUCUCUUGCCUCCCAUUCGCCCACAAUCGCUCACUUUCUCCACCGGGCUUCAAACACACUGCAGGAUGUCAAUAGUGAAUAUUGUUGCGAGGGAGAUCUUGGACUCCAGGGGAAACCCAACUGUGGAAGUGGAUCUUCAUACUAGCAAAGGUUUGUUCAGGGCUGCUGUCCCCAGCGGAGCAUCUACGGGCAUCUACGAGGCGCUGGAGCUCCGUGAUGGAGACAAGACUCGCUAUAAGGGCAAAGGUGUAACCAAAGCUGUGAAUCACAUUAAUGACACCCUUGGACCUGCUCUCAUCCAGUCAGGGAUCAGUGUGUUGGAGCAGGCAAAACUGGACAACAUUAUGAUCGAAAUGGACGGCACUGAAAACAAAUCUAAAUUCGGGGCAAAUGCCAUUCUUGGAGUGUCUCUCGCUAUAUGCAAAGCUGGAGCAAAGGAGAAAGGUGUCCCCUUGUACCGUCACAUUGCUGAUCUGGCAGGAAACAAUGAGUUGGUGCUCCCAGUUCCUGCUUUUAACGUGAUCAAUGGGGGCUCGCACGCCGGCAAUAGGCUGGCUAUGCAGGAGUUCAUGGUCCUUCCUGUGGGGGCGGAGUCUUUCCGUGAUGCUCUGCGUGUGGGGGCGGAGCUCUACCAGACCCUGAGAGGUGUCAUCAAGGAGAAGUAUGGUCAGGAUGCUACAAAUGUGGGCGAUGAGGGAGGAUUUGCCCCAAAUAUUCAAGAGAACAGUGAAGCCCUGGAGCUGAUCAAGACUGCCAUAGAGAAAGCCGGUUUCACAGACAAAGUGGUGAUAGGGAUGGAUGUUGCUGCUUCAGAGUUUUUCAUUGAGGGAAAGUACGACCUGGAUUUUAAGUCUCCGCCCAACGUAGCCCGCAACAUCAGUGCUGAUGAGCUGGCAAGCAUCUACCAAGGCUUCAUUAACAACUACCCAGUUGUGUCUAUUGAAGAUCCUUUUGACCAGGAUGACUGGCCUGCUUGGUCACAGUUCACAGCCUCAGUGGGCAUUCAGGUGGUCGGUGAUGAUCUGACGGUCACUAACCCGCGUAGGAUACAACGAGCUGUAGAGGACAAGGCCUGCAACUGCCUUCUGCUUAAAGUAAACCAGAUUGGCUCUGUAACUGAGGCCAUCAAGGCGUGUAAACUGGCCCAGGAGAACGGCUGGGGUGUGAUGGUGAGCCACCGCUCAGGAGAAACAGAGGACACUUUUAUAGCUGACCUGGUGGUUGGUCUCUGCACUGGACAGAUUAAGACUGGAGCUCCCUGUCGAUCAGAACGCCUGGCAAAAUACAAUCAACUCAUGAGGUGGGUAUUUUUAGCUUAUUUGUUUUUGGUAUGUGUGUAUAAAAAUAGAUACAGACAUGUUUUUCUGCCACUUUUACACUCCUUUUCUUCCUUUAUUCUGUGUUUCAUCUGCUGUUCUCCUCUUCCACGUUCAUCUGUCUACCUUACAUCUCUGCCAUUUUUCUCCCUCACCUCCUCUUCCUCUCAGGAUUGAGGAAGAGUUGGGUGACCAGGCCCGCUUUGCUGGACACAACUUUCGCAACCCCAGUGCCCUUUGAGUGCCAUGAGUAAUGGCACAUAAGAAAUAUCUAUAUACAAAUCAUGCUAUAUUUCCCUGACAGAUACAUGGUAUUAUAGUAAUAACACCUGUUUCAGAGCUCUUAACAAACUAAUGCACACUUAAAGCAUUAAGACUAAUUAACUUUCACAUAACUAAAAUGACUUUAAGUGCAAUAUACUGGUCUGAUGUUUAUGCAAGACAAGUGCAGUAAAUCGUGAAUAUAACUUGGAAGAAAAGCAGUGUUUCACCUUGAAGCAGACAAACACUUUCCUGAUGAUCUUGUUGGUUUCCUUCUCUUUCCAAAUCCCUCUGACUGUCUCACUGCACUAGUGUUUUCUGAUCUAUUUUGCCCUCUAGUUUCCUCUUCCUCAUGAUGUUAAUGAUGUGAACAUUCAGCAGGAUGAAUCAACAUUGUGUGUGUGUUACUCUGCCUGUCUGUG